GCGCCUCUCGCCCUCCCCCGGGGCCGCCCCCGCGCCCGGCUGCCCGGCUCCCGCGGCGGCCCCGGCGGCGCCCCGCACCUUCGAGUGGAUGCGAGCGAAGCGGAGCCCGCCCGGGAGAAGCGGUGCGGCGCCGUGCGGGGGGGAACCUCCCGCCUGCUCCGCACGCACCAGCUUCAGCACCCGGCAGCUCACGGAGCUGGAGAAGGAGUUUCACUUCAGCCGGUACCUGUCGCGGGCCCGCCGCCUCGAGGUGGCCCGCUCGCUGCGCCUCCGCGACGCCCAGGUGAAGGUCUGGUUCCAGAACCGCCGCAUGAAGCAGAAGAAGCGGGAGCGGGAGGCGCUGGCCGCCCCCGCAGCCGUGCCCGCGGCUGUCCCGGGCGGCCCCGCCUGAGGCUCCGCCGCCCGCACGGAGGGGCCCGCGGGGACGCCGGGGCUGGGCUGGAAGCUGCGGCCGGCGGGGCACCGGCUGUUCCUUCACCGGGACCGCGGCUGUGCAGUUCCGCUGCUUUUUCUGUUGCAACUUUAUGUACAGUUUUAUUUAUGGGGAUUCAGGGAAAAUCGCCGGCCCGGAGCGCCGCUGCUCGGUUCGAACCGGGCCGAGGCAGCGGGGGGGUGCAGCUAGGAGUUAGCGGAGAGCGCCGCUUCCCCAAGGCAGGGCAGCGACCGGCUCUGCCAGCUCUCCUGGGUUCGGGAGGAGCUGGGUGCGUGGAGGGGCUGCCCCGUGCUCCCGACCCUUUCUUCGUUUUGCAUUUAAAAAGACAGAUCCGUGGGCUCAGGCAGCGUUGGUACAGAAGGGGAGAAACCCCGAGAAGGGAGAACAGGGAAACUUCCUCUUACAGGAAGGGUCAGGGAUGGUCAUGGCAUGAAUCCAAGAUCCCAUUUUGAAAGAAGUGUCCUUGUCUUCUGCCCUGCCCUUUGCAAAAUUGCUGCAAAAAAGAGUCUGGUUUUGCUUGUAUUUAUCAUUCAUUCAUUCAUUCAUGUAUUCAUUCAUUCAUUCAUUCAUUCCCAUUUCUUUUCCUGAUGUGACUGAUUUAGUAAAAAAUCUGGUUUUGACAGAAAAAACGGCAAGGUAAAAUUUAAAAAGAAAUAAAGUCUUAAGAGGAGCACCUCUUCCCUUUUGAGCUGCAGAGGUGCUGGGAUUUCCCUGGCAGCCCAGGACUGGCCAGUGGCCACUAUGCUGACUCCCAGCUCCCCUCACAUGUCCGUAGACAAUAUAAAGCCUCUUACAGCA